CGACCACGCAAAUGCUUAGCGGCCAAUAGAAGAUGACUUUUAAAAACAUUGAAUGACAAGGAAGGAAGAAAUUCACCUGGUGAAUUGUCUUAAUCUUUUCAACAUGGCAAGCAGCGAUAAGGAUAUCUCCUACAGUGAUCUCAAAUCUCUCUUGGAGAAGGGCUCUGGGUUUGUGGUGGAUGUGCGCACAAAAGAUGAGGUAGACAGAGGGCGUAUUCCAGGCUCCAUCCACAUUCCAGUGGAAAAUGUAGAAAGUGACAUGUCCCUGGACGCAGCUGAAUUCCAGUCUAAGUUUGGGGUAGGUAAGCCAUCUCUGGACUGCUCUGAACUGGUUUUCCACUGUCAGAUGGGAAGACGUGGAGCUGUUGCCACAGAGAAAGCCAGAAGCCUGGGGUUCAAGUGUGCCCAGAAUUAUGCUGGGGGCUACAAGGAAUGGUCAGAAAAAGGGGGAAAAUGACUAUCUUCAAAUCGCUUAUAAGAUUCCAUCUUAAAAACCAGAGAUCAGGGACCUUUUUUACUCUUAUACAAAUUAAUGAUAAAAUCUAAAUAUGUAUACAUGUGUUUUAAUAAAGUCUGAUAACUAAAAAAAUAA